AGAGCCAGCCCCGCCCCCGAGACCUCCCCCUUCGUACGACGUCACACCGACGGUUAUUUGCAUGAAGUGUUUUCUGGCUGCAGCUCCAACUCGCUUUGCUGAGCGACUCCGUCAAAAGGGGAGCAGCGAGAGGAGCAGCGGGGACGUCGCGAGGUGGAGGGCUCGAGUUUCUGCAGCGGAGGAGGAGGAGGAGGCAGAACGGAGGACACGACGGGAGCCGAGCUGGAGUAACAGAUAAAUACAAAUAAAUAAAUACACACAGGGGAGGAAAAAAUGGAGCUACCCGCCGCGGGAGAGCACGUCUUUGCGGUGGAGAGCAUCGAGAAGAAGCGCAGCAGGAAGGGGAGGGUCGAGUACCUGGUCAAGUGGAGAGGAUGGUCCCCGAGAUACAACACAUGGGAACCAGAGGAAAACAUCCUGGAUCCAAGGCUGCUGGAUGCUUUCCAGGACCGGGAACGUCAGGAGCAGCUGAUGGGAUACCGCAAGAGGGGCCCCAAACCCAAACACCUCCUGCUGCAGGUCCCGUCUUUUGCCAGGAGGUCCAACGUCCUGGCGGACCUUCAUGAGGCGUCCCUGGAGGACGACGGUCGUCAGAAGUCCGGCCCCAUCCAGACGCUCCUCCCCCCGGCGCAGCAGCAGUACCAGCUCAACAGCAAGAAGCACCACCACCAGUACCAGCCGCUGUGCCGGGAGGCAGAGCAGCAGACCAACGGCAAGAAGUUCUACUACCAGCUCAACAGCAAGAAGCACCACCACUACCAGCCGGACCUGAAGAUCCACGAGCCGGUGUUCGCCAAGCCGCUGGAGGUCAAAGCUCCAGAGCUGACCAGCAAGGGGUACAACCUGCCCCCCGUGCUGCAGCAGAAGUGGGUCCGGGACAAAGACUCUGGCUGUCUGACCAAAGUGAAGGAUAUAACCAUGGAGCUGAAGAAACUUCCCGCCGACCUCAACGGACACAAGGAGUCGGAAAAGGUGAAGUCGAAGGACGAGUCUUCGCCAAACGGCGGCGGCAAGCUGAAGAUCGUCAAGAACAAAAACAAGAACGGCCGCAUCGUCAUCGUCAUGAGCAAGUACAUGGAGAACGGCAUGCAGACGGCGAAGAUCAAAAACGGGGACUGUGAGGGGGCCGGGAAGCCGGCGGAGGGGCUGGAGGGGGGGAUGGAGAAGCACCUGGAGAAGAUGAAGCUCGUCAAGAAGCUGGGCCUCAUGAACGGGUUCCCAAAACAGCCCAAAGACAAACCCGUGGUCCUCUGCUCGGGAUUCAAACCACAGAGCCCCAAAGAAAAGGAGCCGUCUGCUCAAAUCCAGCUCGCCCUGACGGAGCAGGAUAAGCCUGAUGGGGUCAGAGGUCAGGAGGAGCUUCCACGGGAUCAUCCUUUACAACUGACAGGCAAGCCUAAUCUGCUCGCCCUGCCUGUGGAAGGGACAGCCCCCUCCUCGCCGCUGGACACGAGGGGAAGCUGUCACCUAAAGCGACACCUCUCCGACGCCGAUAAGGACGACCACAGCUCCGCCAAGCGCUUCCUCACCUGCCGGAGCAUCAGCACUCCCUGCGCCGCCUCUUCCCCGGACCGGACCUACGCAGACCAGGAGGAACCCAUCGACUUGAGGAUCGUCAAGUCCAGGCCUUCGGCCGACGGCCGGACAGAAACUCCGACUCAACCCGACUCCACUCCGGAGAAGGCCGAGUCGGAGCCUGAGCACGAACCCAAAAAGGAGGACGCGUUCCCGUCGUUCCAGCCGUUCCUGGGGAAUAUAAUCAUCACGGACAUCACGGCCAACUGCCUGACCGUCACGUUCAAGGAAUACGUCACGACAUAGCAGAGAAUAUCUCUAUAUUUGUAUUCUUCAAUGCUUGAAUGUACAAAUAAACUCUUGAUGUUUUCAGUUUUGUACAGUUCAGAUUUUCAUAUUUCUACCUAAAAGUUCCUCCUGUACUUCAUCUUUAAACUUUAAAGAAAGUUGCACUUAACUUUUUGUAAAUAAAAGGAGGAAGCUUCCUGUGAGUGAGCAUGUUUAGGAGGAUGUUGGAUAAGCAGUAAAAUGUUUUCACGAAAGAUUUGUUGAUUGCUGCUGUCCUCCUCUCUGUGGUUCAGGAAAGUGUAAAGUUCACCACGUCGGCUGCAAUAGAUGCUUAAUGUCCUAAAGGCUUCGCGUCUGUUACGAAAGCGAACCCUUUUGCAACAUUAAAACGCUUGGCAAAUGA